GAGCCAACGGAUUAUCGAUAUGAAAUACAUUUGCGGUAUGGGCAUGGUCCUGUUCGGACUGGCCAUGUGUGUCAGCGCCUUGGUUCACAUGGUGCGCAUGGAGAAGGACGGUAAGGCGGCUAGAAAGCUGGAAAAAGGUUGCCAAACUCCGCUCGGCCACAUCCGUCCUGGCGAAGAGAUAAAUGAUGAGAAGACAUGCGGCAUAUUCGUCUGCCAGGAUGACGAAGGUAAUGGCCUUUACCAAUUCUGUCAAUCACCUGUGAACUUUGCCAAUUGCGAAUAUGAUCUGGUCAAUACAAAAGGUAAAUUUCCCGAUUGUUGCUGGCAGUGCGUCAAGGGCAUCAAGUGUCCCGUAACAUAAUCAAAUCAAAGAAGAUCUA